AUGAGACGCUUCUUCUUUUUGGUGUUUCGAGUAGCUUUGCUUCUCUUACUGCAAAGCCCCAUCCGUGCCUUGGCCGAUGACAGCUUUCGCCCUCCUCCACCCAAAGCGGCUCCACCUCCCACUCCUCCCGAGCGACGAACCCAGUUGAUCACGCGCUCCACAGGCGUGGCUUGUAGUGCCGUCGCUGCCACUGUAACACUACGAAGAAUCAAUCUUCGAAGCCCCAUUGGCAAGGUUGUACUGGUCGUUGCGCUUGCUGCUUCCUACCUGGGAGGAGCGCAAACAGCCGGAUGGAUUGCAGAUCUGGUACCCGAAGCACCCAUACCAGCAGCGUUUCCACAGGAGCCGUACCAAAAACAAUCUUAUUCAUCAUCACAGGAUCCCUAUCAUGCCGAUAUUGAGGUGGAGGAUGUGGAACGAGAAGAAAUCAAACGGCAUCGCAAAACGACACUCCAAGAACAAUUGUUCUUUUGGAGGAAAUCGAAAUCGGCACCGGUGCCAAGCGACGAUACUCCUCCGGUACCAGAAUGGUCCAAUGCAUACCAAAAGAAACAAAACUACGAAGAAAAUUAUGGAAUUUAG